GUCAGUCAGUCCGGGUGUGAUGAUCUGGCAAGCGGCAGUGUUAGUGAACGCUGCUGAUGCGUGCAUGCAUUAUCGUGCUGCAUCCCGCUCAGCUCAGGCGAUCAAACGGGCACAGCUCAGCAACGGCAGCAGAAACACUGUGCUCGCCCUCUUUCCUCGGCCUAUUGCGUGCACAUGGGACGCUAUUGGUUCGUCAGGCAGAAAAGCAAAAGAGAGGGCGCCAAGCUUAUGAGAAAAGCCCCGAGAAAAAGCGGCAGUGUAUCUCUCGUUGAAGGGGCCGCGCAGGCCGAGUAGCUAGGUUGGGCUGCCGUCGCCACUGCCACAAUGGGCUGUUGCUGCUCCGGCGGAGAAAAGUCCUCUGGCAACCACCAGCAGAACAGCCACCAGCCCAAUCAGCCACAGCAACCCCAGAAUCUGAACUUUACGGACAGCCAUGGCGGGCCAACAGCUGGCGGUCCAAGCGCUACAGGAGGAAUGGCAGGCAUGGGAGGAGGAGGACCGCGGUCUCUUCCCGCAGCUCCUGCACCAACGACUCCAAUGAGCAAUGCAAACAUCUUCCUAGCUUUGUAUGAUUAUGACGCACGCACAGCCGAGGAUUUGAGUUUCAAGAAAGGCGAGCAGCUACAGGUGGUGAACAACCAGGAUGGUGACUGGUGGAAAGCCACGUCUCUUGUGACUGGCAACUCCGGCUACAUUCCCAGUAAUUAUGUGGCACCGCAAGCUAGUGUGCAAGCCGAAGAGUGGUUCUUUGGUCGCAUCAAGCGAUCCGAUGCGGAAAAGAAGCUUCUGGCGCCUGGCAAUCCGCACGGAACAUUCCUAGCGCGAGAAUCUGAAUCUCAGCCCGGCAACUACUCGUUGUCGCUGCGAGAAAACGACAACGUCAAGCAUUAUAGGAUCCGUACAAUGGAUAACGGGCACUUCUACAUCGCUAGCCGUGCCAUUUUCGCCACGCUCGGCGACCUGGUUGAGCAUUACAAGGUGGAAUCGGACGGCCUGUGCACGCACCUAACGAGACCCUGUCCUCACGGAGAGCGACCUAUAACCAGCGGUCUAUCAUACGACACGAAAGAUCAAUGGGAAAUCCCACGUGAGUCGCUGGAGCUUCGGAAUCGUCUGGGAGCCGGGCAGUUCGGUGAGGUGUGGGCAGGUCUGUGGAACAAAACCACCAAGGUUGCUGUGAAGACCCUAAAAGCUGGAACCAUGUCACCUGAGGCGUUCUUGGAGGAAGCCCAAAUCAUGAAGACGCUGAGACACGAGAAGCUAGUGCAGCUGUAUGCCGUGUGCUCACAGCAGGAACCUCUGUACAUUGUGACUGAGCUCAUGUCCAAUGGAUCGCUGUUGGACUACCUGAAGAACAGCGACGGUCGUUUUGCAAAACUGCCUGUCCUGGUGGAUAUGGCUGCACAGGUAGCGUCAGGGAUGGCAUACCUGGAGGUGCAGAACUACAUUCACCGUGACUUGGCGGCAAGAAAUAUCCUGGUAGGUGAAAACAAUAUCUGCAAGGUUGCGGACUUCGGCUUGGCCAGAGUUAUCCAGGAUGACGAGUAUUGCGCCCGAGAAGGUGCAAAGUUCCCCAUCAAGUGGACAGCACCAGAGGCAGCACUUUACAAUCGCUUCACCAUCAAGUCUGAUGUCUGGUCGUUUGGUGUUCUCUUGUCGGAAAUCAUCACACAUGGCCGUGUGCCCUACCCCGGAAUGUCCAAUGCCGAAGUGCUCACACAAGUGGAUCGCGGCUACAGAAUGCCACCUCCGCCAAAUUGUCCCGAGCCAUUUUAUCAGAUCAUGUUGGACUGCUGGAAGAAGGAGGAAAUGGACCGCCCUACGUUUGAAUAUCUCCGUUAUCGUCUAGAAGAUUACUUCGUAUCAUCUGAGGGCCCCUACAAGGGCCUGGAAUAGCUGAAGGUGGGCUUGCAGAACAAUUAUAUUCAGCAUCCUUUUUCAGUUCAUUCUAGUUAUAAAUCUGGUUUGUGUUGCUCUCAAGAUCAGAUCAGUGCCCCGAUCAACAUGCACUUGUCACCCUACCAACACACACACAGAUACUCAUACGCCACUGUGCAAGCCUGUUGCAUGUUCUGACACUUCCCAGUAGGCAAUCGUUCGAGUAGUAUUUACUGGUUAUGAAAAUGUAUUUAGUUUCACUGCGGCCAGACACAUGCCCUCUCCCACUGACCCACACUGGGACCACAUGAUGGUGAUAAUAAUAUUUUUUCUUCUGGCCUUAUUGACAACAGGAAAAAGCCAGUGUUUAGAACCAUGCCUGCAUCUGUUUGCCUUCAUUUUUGUACGAAUUUCCCCUAUUUUUAAUUCUUGAUAUUUGUACAUUGACACCCAUGUCCACCAGUACCCUCCAGUACCUUUCUAUCUUCGGUGUGAAGAAAGUUGGUGUGCUGGCGGCGGUGACAUUUUUUCUGUGAUUAUUAUUUUUAUACUAUUGCGUGGAAUUGAAUAGCGGUUGUUUCA